AGACUGAAUUGGAGAGUAACGAAAAUACGCUUUAUUUGUUAUUAUUGAGCUUUGUCCCGCGCCAGGAAUAAAAGUGGACAGAAAUUAGACUAACAGUACUCAGUACUUUAUCUCCAGGAUCCUUCCUUAAGGAGCCAUGGAUUAUUUUACUCGACAAACUUUUUUAAAACUAGCUUUUUUCAUCUUCACAGUUGUCAGGAGCAGUUGUGCUCUUUUGGAAAGAGCAGCAGAAGAUCCAGCGCAUCCACAUCCUCUCGACUCCAGUUCAGUAGAAGACAUUUCCUUCUGUGAUUUCGAAUCUCCAUGUUCGUGGACGUUAUCCAAUCAGAGUGCUGGAGGGGACUGGAACGUCACAUCACCACAGCAACACAGAUCCAAUGGGAGGGAUGACCAGCUAAACAAAGAUUAUUCCACUGGAAAAUUAGAAGGUCAUUUUCUGUUACUAAAGCCCACCUCAACUCAUUUCGCUGCUGGCAGAUGUAGUUUCCACCUGACCAGUCCUGUAGUGCUCAGCAGUGGGCCACUGUGUCGUCUCCGUCUCGCUCGCUUCCAACCAGAACCACAUACAGGAAACGUAUCUGCCUUUGUGAAACACACCGACCACACCGUCAUCAAACCAAUAGCCCUUACAGUCAAAGAACAAGGAACUGGCAGGCAGCAGUGGGAGGUGCUGGAGGCUGUUAUUGGCCGCUUAGAUGAGCCUUUUCAUGUGACAGUGCAAUACUCUUCCUGUAGCAGCCAUGAAGUUGGAUUUCUGGCAUUUGAUUCACUUGAGUUGAAGGAUUGUGCCAUGGGUGAUGAUUAUUUGGAUUUGGGUUCAGACUGUGAGAAAUACUCAUCACUUCACUGUCGUUCUGGAGGCUGCAUUGAGAAGCGAAGAGUGUGUGAUUUUCAUACUGACUGUCCUCAAGGGGAAGAUGAGGGCUUAAUAUGCAACUCCUUACCUUUGGGCUCAUACUGUUCAUUUGAGUUGGGCUCAUGUGGAUGGUCAGUGGUUAAUUCACCGUCAUCUUGGAGACUAGUUAGUGGACUACAGCUGAAUGAAGACUCAGAUCUACUGGGGACAACUCUGCAAAACACUCAAGGGCACUUUCUUUUUUUAAGGGUCAGAGGUCGUGGUGAUGAAGGUGAGGCAUUGGUUCAAAGCCCAGCUCUCCCUUCAACUGUGUCCAAUCAGGACUGUCAGUUGCAGUUCUCUCUGUACCUGUGCGGGGAUUUCAAUGGAACAGUGCUCCUGUCAGUGGUGGAGAAUGGAACGUCAGCUUCUCCACUGAUUUGGGAGAGAUCUGGACACUGGAAGGACGCUUGGCAAGAGAUUGCUCUGCCGAUUACAGUGAUCUUAAAAGGCUUCCAUCUUAAAGUGCAGGCCUUCUGGACUUCUGGAUCUAAAGCUGACAUUGCACUGGAUGACAUUUCAUUGAGCGCAGCAUGUUUUGACACAGAACUAAAUGAACUGCUUCUUGGACAAGGACUACUGCAUGAUUUAGACUCCUUCAGUCCUCUCCCAGAACCCUUAGCGUCAGAGGCUUCCCUAAUGACGUGGUGGUUUACGUCCUGUGGAGCAAGUGGACCUCUAGGCCCAACUCAAGCCCAGUGUGACAGUGCCUACCGCAACAGCAACGUCAGUGUGGUGGUGGGGAAGGAGGGCCAUCUCAAAGGUGUUCAGAUGUGGAGGGUUCCAGCUACCAAUAUGUACAAGAUUUCAGCUUAUGGAGCCGCAGGAGGCAAAGGAGCAAAAAACCAUAACAAACGGUCACAUGGAGUCAUCAUCUCAGCUAUCUUCCCACUGGAGAAAGGUGACAUACUCUACAUCCUAAUUGGACACCAAGGAGAAGACGCAUGUCCAGGAAGGAACCCCCUGACCCAUAAAAUCUGUCUUGGGGAGUCUUCUGUGAUAGAAGAUGGUUUCGACAGCGAUGGUUCAGGCUUAAAGAGGGCAGGGGGCGGAGGUGGUGGUGGAGGAGCCACAUAUGUUUAUCGGAUGGAGAACGGGGAACCAGUGCCUUUGCUGAUUGCAGCAGGAGGAGGAGGAAAGGCCUACCUAGAAGACCCUGAGAGCAGCCUGGACCAGAUUUUCCUGGAACAAUACGAGAAUGACACCUCCGCCCCUGGUGUCAAUGGCAAAUCCGGAGCAGCAGGUGGAGGAGGUGGAUGGAGCGACCUGUCUUUUCUCGCCUGGGCAGGGAAAUCUCUUGUGGAAGGAGGUCAAGGAGGCUCAUCCUGUCCUGAGGCUUUGUCAGUGCUGGGGUGGGCUACAUUUGGAGGGUUUGGGGGAGGUGGGGGCGCUUGCACUGCUGGAGGCGGUGGUGGAGGAUACAGAGGCGGUGAUGCACCCCUUCUUGAUGGCAUCACAGCAGAUGGACAUGACGGCGUCUCUUUUGUUCACCCCAUGGGAAAGAUAUUUCUACAUCCACUUGCAGCUAUGGAGAGUCAUGGGGAGGCUGAGAUCGAGGUGUAUCUAAACUGCAGCCACUGUCAGACCCAGAGUUGUAAGAGAAAUGAAGAUACCAGACUCAUCCUCUGCCUGUGCGACAGCGCCGAGGUUCUUGCAUCAGACAACGUCACCUGCCUAGUUGUCCCACUGGGCUCUCUGGCAGACGGACCCCCAUCUCUGAUAUUUAUCCUGGCAGUGAUUGCGUCCACAGUAGUCACGGGUGUCGUUCUGACCUGUGCCAGCCUCACGCUCAUCUAUUACCGUAAGAAGAACCACCUGCAUGCGGUCAGGAUUCGACUACAGAGCCCAGAGUACAAGCUAAGCAAAAUCCGCUCGUCCACCAUAAUGACGGACUACAACCCCAACUACUGCUUCGCUGGCAAGGCUGCCUCACUGAGUGAGCUUAAAGAGGUUCCACGCAAGAACAUCACCCUCCUCAGGGCUUUGGGACACGGUGCAUUUGGGGAAGUGUACGAAGGACAGGUUUUGGGUAUGAAUGGAGAGAACACAGCCAUGCAGGUUGCUAUAAAGACUCUCCCAGAAAUCUGUUCUGAGCAGGAUGAGAUGGAUUUUCUAAUGGAGGCUCUGAUUAUGAGUAAGUUCAGCCAUCAGAACAUUGUGCGCUGUAUUGGCGUCAGUCUGCAGAUCCUGCCUCGCUUCAUACUGCUGGAGCUCAUGACAGGAGGAGACAUGAAGACUUUCCUCAGACUAAACCGCCCCAGAACUAAUCAGCCGUCUUCUCUAAGCAUGCUGGAGCUUCUGCAUAUGGCCAGAGACAUUGCACUUGGCUGUCGUUAUCUAGAAGAGAACCACUUCAUCCACAGGGACAUUGCAGCACGAAACUGCCUUUUGACCUGUCCUGGUCCAGAGAGAGUGGCUAAAAUUGGAGAUUUUGGCAUGGCUCGAGAUAUUUAUAGGGCGAGUUACUAUAGGAAGGGUGGCCGUGCCAUGUUGCCGGUGAAGUGGAUGCCACCUGAAGCCUUUCUAGAGGGCAUUUUUACAUGCAAGACUGACACCUGGUCUUUCGGAGUACUGCUGUGGGAGAUUUUCUCUCUUGGAUACAUGCCUUAUCCAUGCAAGACCAAUCAGGAAGUGCUAGAGUUUGUAACAGGUGGAGGUCGUAUGGAUCCUCCUAAGAGCUGCCCAGGCCCUGUUUAUCGGAUCAUGACACAGUGUUGGCAACACUGUCCAGAACACAGACCAAACUUCUCGACUAUUUUAGAGAGGAUCAACUACUGUACACAGGACCCUGAUGUCAUCAACACCCCUCUGCCAGUGGAGUAUGGUCCAGCUGUUGAAGAAGAAGGUGGCACUGUGAUCCGUCCUGAAGGAUCAGGCAGUAUGACCCCUCGUCUAGUGGCCCACCCUAUGUCCCAGGAUGCUUCCCCUCGACUGGGCAUCACCGGUGCUGCCCCACAGGCCCUCAAACCUUCAAAGCUACAAAGACCGGUCCAUCUCACACAGGAGGUGGGCAUGUACCGAGAGACAUUGGAGACUUGUUGGGCUGAGCCGGUUCCUGCUCCUGGAGUCUGUCCAGGACAGUGGCUUCAAGUUCCAGAGCACCGGCCGUGCUCCAGGAGUAGUUCAUCAUCAGGCAGCCAGAAGCUAAAGAACAAGACAAAAAACCUUUGGAAUCCCACCUAUGGUUCCUGGGUCCUGGAGAGUUUCGGACGAGGGAAGACAGCCCUGUGCCACACCCAGUCCAUGCCUCUGUCUUGCAACAACACGUCCAUGUCUGUCCCGUCAGAGUUCAAUGACCCUGGAGUAGAAGUUAACGCAAAUGUCUCAGCGUCUCCACCUCCAUCUGCUGCAUCCUCCCAAACUGCAUUCAGUCCGACAGGGACUUCCUCUCAGAAGGGUUCAGCAGGGGCUACGGGCGGCUCGAUUACUGCAGUUAUGGACUUGGCAAAACUCCAAAGCUUCCCGUGUGGCAACGUAAACUAUGCGUAUGAUGAGCAGACUUACGAGACUGAGAGUUUGCCUGUAGCUGUGUCUAAAUCUGUGGAGCCCAACACAAGCUCUUCAGCUACAUCUUCACUGGCUGCCCUCGGCCUGGCCAAAACAUUUACCCACAGACCACAGGUUAAGCGCCAUGCUAGCUACGGACAUGAGGACAUAAGGAGGUACACCCAGUCUGAGAAGCCCACGAGGGACAGAGAUUCUGGCUUUUCCUUGUCUGAAGACCUCAGUGUCACCCCUGUGUAGAGUUGAACGGUCCAACUGAGAAAAUGCCUCAUUUCUGGUGUUAUUUAGUUUUUGGCACAUAGGUAUUUUACUGCAAUAACUGCAGUGGAUUAGCUAGAGGUGGAAUGACAGGUUAAAGCUGGAAUACGCUUUACGACUUUUGAAAUCUGAAUAUAUUUUAAAGCACUAGGCAAACACUAGGUAAUUAAAAUUCUGUCAUUAAUUACUCACCCUCAUGUCAUUUAAAUACGUAUGACCUUAGCUCAUCUUCAGAAAAUUAAGAUAUUUAUGAUGAAAUCCGAGAACUUUCUGACCCUGCAUAGACAUCAACAUGACUGAAACAUAGUAAGGACAUCAUUAAAAUAGUACAUGUGACAUCAGUGGUUCAACCGUAAUUUUCUAAAGCCAUCAGAAUACUUUUUGUGCAAAAAAAACUCAAAAACAACAACUUUAUUCAACAAUUCUUCUCCUCUUCAUCCCCUACUCCACUAUUAUCAAGAAAUAGUGAUUUAAUCAAAAAAUAUCUUAAUUUGUGUUCUGAAGAUGAAUGAAGAACUACAGUGAGUAAUUAAUGACACAAUUGUCAUUUUUGGGUUUACUGACCCUUUAAUGAUCGAAGAUGCGAUCACAUUUUUUACCCCCUUUUUUGUUUCCUGCAAACAAUUUGAUUGUCAAUAGUGUCGUAAUGUAUGAAGCAGAGCUCAUACCAAACUCACUUUCAAACCAGGCAGUUAGGUGUUGGUCAACAUAGCAAAUCUAGGCGAUAAACUUGAACCUGCUACAAAAUCUGAUUGGGGAAAUCUUUUUCCCUUGUGUGAAAUUCCUGAUUGAGUGGACUCAUAUUGUAAUUCACUGGACUUUGCCUGCUUAAAACCUUGCAGAACAACUCCAGGACAGUGUGACCUCACCCUGAAGAUCACAAACUAUCAGACUUUCAAGUCAUUCCAAAAACAACAGAGAUUGAUGGAGAAGCAUGACAAAUAAAAACAACGUGUUCUAAAAUCGCCUUAAAAUCUCAAACAGGUUUGAUACUCUUCAGACGGAUUGGAAUCAUGCUCUGAAGCUAAAAAAAAUCAGUCUGUAUCCAUUUUACACUACGCAAAUUUCUGCGAAAUCUGUGACUGCAGUCUUUCUGUAAUUUGUGUCAUUCUCGUCCAGAUGGUGAAUCAGGGCAAAGAUCUGAGAAAAAGUUGUGCAGUGUAUUCCAGCCUUUAAUUACUGCCAGUUGGAAACUAUGUGCGAGUGACUACAUUAUUUCUGUGAGGUACCAAAGACAUGAGGAGUUGUAGCUAAUUUGCUAUCAAGAGGCGACUCUCCUGUAAAUGGCUGAUGGUUUCUAUGGAAACUUCCACUUGGCUAAUAGCAGCCCUUUUACACUGGAUUCUCAUCUACUGUCAACACUGUGAAAACACGUGAUGUUCACUUUAAGGACCACAUGAAAUGAGAAGUCCUUUUCUACUGAUUAGUCAUAAUUAGCAAUUAAUAUAUAUGUAGGUUUAGAUGUGCUUUACGAAUUAGCAUUUUGUAGCUGGUUUUAAGUGUAUAUUACAAGAAGAUCCAAAGCAUGUUCAGACCCAACACAAAAGGAAAGUCAUACUCCAUGCCACAUAACAAUCAGUCAAAAUCUAGCAAAACUGAUUUGUUUAAAGGUGUCAUAUGAUGCAAUUUCAAGUUUUCCUUCUUCUUUGGAGUGUUACAAGCUGUUUGUGCAUAGAUAAGAUCCCUAAAGUUGCAAAGACGAAAGUCUCAAACCCAAAGAGAUAUUCUUUAUAAAAGUUACAACUCGUCCACACCCUCUUUAAACGCCUCGUUUAAGCAUGCCCCCACGUCUAUGUCACUGUGUGGGAAGACUUUGAUUCUCGCUCUAGUAUUUUUGCUGCCGCCACCAUGUUAGACGUGGAGACGCUGUGUGUUUCAUUGUGAAAGCAAAACUUUGUUUGGUCUUCCAAAAGAGGACACAACUAAAUCGGGUCAUUGGUUAAGUUGUAUUUACAACACUGUUCCAGAACAGUUAAACCCAAAUAUUCAAAUGUAGGCAGUGCAUUUUAUGGAGGAGUGUUUUCUGAACCUGGGAAGGCAGUGCACAAAGGCUGUUUCUAUAAAGUGGGGCAAUUCCAACUUUGCAAGAACAGUCUGGUGCUUCUGAUUCACAGUCUCUAAGUACGUUUAAAUAUAUAAAACAAUUUGCCACUGACUAUUCAAACAAGAGUUUUGAGCAGUGUAGAGUAGCGCUUAUUGUUUGUCGUUUCUCCAGUCACAACAUGGUUUUAUGUUUACGCGGCGCAAUACGCAAUGCAACUUGUGCAAACACAGUAUAAAUCAUUAUAAUCAGUAAUUAUGUCCCCACUGGAUACGACAAACGUCUAAUUUUUUAUGAGUUUUAUCGCUUUUGUCUUGUCGCCUGGGGACACACGGCAUCGCUGUAUGUUUAGGGGCGUAGCAUUUCCGUCACACGCUUGAAGUAUUUAGCCAAUCACAACACACUGGAGAACUGGCCAAUCAGAACACACCUUGCUUUUCAGAAAGAUGAGCUUUGUAAAAAAUCAACAAGUUUCAGAAAGGCAGGACAUAGAGGAGCAACAGUAAUGUACAUUAUGUGGAAAAUAAUGUGUUUUUUGAAACAUUAAACUGCAUAAACACAUUAAUGUUCUUUUUAGCAACAUCAUAUGACCCCUUUAAAGUAAUUGUCUUUAAGUUAUUUGAGUGACUUGACGAACUUUAAAAGAAACAAACAAAAAAAAAUGGUUUAAAAAAGGCAUGGUUCACAAAAAAAAUUAAAUUGUCAUUAUUUACUUACCCUCAAGUUGUUCCAAACAUGUAUGGCAUUUAUUUUUCUAUUAUUUUUAGAGUAGUUUCCAUACAAUGAAAGCCAAUAUGUUGUCUUUAUUUUAGAAAAGUCAUGGAAAUGCCAUCACAGAUUUUUUUCUUGUGAUAUUUACCAAUAUCCACCUUAUUAUUUCCAUAAGAGAGGGCACUGCUAUUUGUAAAUUAAAUAUCUAGCUUCCUUUUACAUUCACUUCCACCUAUUUUUACCUGUAUAAUACAGCUUUAUUUUUAAUUAUGAACUCGUGCAAACAGUUUUACUAUACUUUGUUAUUCUUUGUGACUAAUGAACCAAAAGUCUCAUACAUUCACAGAAAACGGCUUACUUUCGUGUUCUUGGCUAGAAGUUUGCUUAACAACUGUAUGACAGCUUCCGUUUCUGAGAAACCCUGGAAAUCAAUUGAAAGGAGGUCAAUUGAAACACAAAAGUAUCUUCUUUUGUGUUCUGCAGGAGAAGAGUAAGUCAUAUAGAUAUGGAACGACAUGGAGAUGAAUAAAUGAUGACACUUUUUUUUUCUCUCUUUUUGGGUAAACUAACCCUUUAAAGAUUAGCACUAUCACCAGUAACUCAGAGGUACAUUUAAAAAGGUGGCAGUGUGUUGCAAAGUAUUAGUAAUAAAGAAAUGCUGGCAGAAAGCACCUGUAAUCUCAGAUCAGGUGGACUUUAAAGGGUGUUUUGAGUAGAAAGUAGCAUCAAGGACCAUUUAUUUUGACUAGAUUUAAUGUUUUGUCCUUUGUUAUGUCUGCUGUUAGCUUUGAAAAAUCAUUACAUUUAGAAACAGUAUGUUGCCUUUUCACUGAUGGUGUCUUUUGUGUGCGAAACGUUGAGAUAAUUGUGAGGGCUUCACAAAGGUGUUGCACCAAAUUUGUUGAAAGUAAAUGAGGUGUAACUGUCAUAGUGGAGAUUGUAUUGAUUUAUAUCUCAAUGCACUCCAAUGGGGAGCCGUCAAAAGACAACCCUUUUUUUGCUAUUUUUAAGUACCUUUCCCUCUAAAAUAAAUAAGUAUAAAUAAGUGAAUUUUAUCUUUAGCUACCCUAUGUGAACUGUGACUAUGUUAAUCACCUGCAGGCAAAUUCUAAGUAUAACAGCAAACACAAUCACGAACCGCAUAACACCUCAGUGUGGUAAUAUGAUGCAUGAGAAGUUUGAUUUCGAGACUAUGCUUAGGUAUUACUAAUUAUUCUCAAAUAUUUUCUUAUAUAUUGUAGUUAUUAGGUAAAUGUUUUUUGUGUGACAAUAUUUAUUUGUGUGUGCAUUUAUUAGUUAUUUUAGGCUUGAAAGCCUUGUGCAAAUUUAGAGACAAAUGAGACUGAAGUGUAUUAGCACAAUCUUACAUUUAUUUUUGUUUUGUUUAACCAUUUAAAAGUUGCAUAUAUUGACAGCCUGUUUAGGAGCUUUUUUUGUUGUUGUUCGUUUGUCUUUUUUUGUAGGAUACUGCAUAGAAGGGUAGAAAUAGUUUUACUUUAGUCAGGAAAAUGAGUGCUGUAUUUUGGAUUAAUAUUAUUUUCACACUGAACUAACCCUUAUGAUAUGUAGCUGUACUCAUUAAUCUGUUUUAUUGGUGUUUGUUUUAUUAUUAUUAUUAUUAUUAUUAUUAUUAUUAUUAUUUUUGUUGAGGUUAUCACUGCCAAUGUUCUGCAUGUGUCUUGCUUUUUAUGGAAGACUUUGCAGGGGUUUAUUUCUAACCAGCCAGACUAGAGAUGAACCAUCAUAUAAAGUGAAUUUUAAUGUACUUGUAUUACCUGUAAUUUUUAUGUUAAAAGAUGGACAUUGCUGCGUAAUAGCAAACCUCAAAUAAAUUUUUUUUGACUAUCA